AAUGAGGUCUAGCUUAAAUGCUAGGACGGAACUAUAAGAGUGGCGCACAGCCGAAAAUAAUUCAGCAUGGCGUCAAGUCAUUUGUGCAAGCUUCGCAUUCUCUUAACGCGACUUUCUAACUGUACCACACGACUACAUGUACAAACAUGUGUGGUGCCAAUGCGACAGAAGUCCAGUGUCACUGGUCCUUCACUUGAUGGCCCGAACUGCAAUGUGGAAAUCGGUGUGACCUCAGAUGGGAAAACCAUAGUGUGCUACCAUCCUACUGUCGACGUUCCCUAUGAGUUAACCCAGCCUAUAGAACGGCCAGACCCCUUGAACAGCCCGGUUGAGACCCACGACCAGAUUUUAAAGGCCCACCUCAGCAAGGAGGUGCUGAAGGACAAGAAGGGGCCCACUAUAGAGGAGCUGAGCAAGAUGUUUUUCACCACCAAACAUCGGUGGUAUCCAGUAGGACAGUACCACAUGAGACGCAGAAAGAGGGAUCCCCCAAAGGAUAGAUAGUUGAAGGCCAAAGUUGCAAAACUCCAAAUGUUUGUCUGUUUUAUUGUGACAAUAAUGUAUAAUAAACUGUUAAAUAAUUCUGAAGUUUUCAGGAGUUUUUGAGUCAGUGCCACUACAAUGCAACAAUGAUAUGCCGUUGAAACUUAUACUUUUAUUUUGUUUAGUCCACUGCGAUACUGCAUACACUAACUGUCCUAGAUUGUAUGGCCUUUUAUAAUUUAUCCUGCAAAUAUGAAUCUAAUGGACUUGGUGCACCAGUAAACCUUAAUUCAAAAGCCUGGGCAACAGAUUGUAGCUGUGG